GUGUGCGUUCGUCUCGCGCGCUACCGUCGCGAACACGGCCGACAACGAGGAGCCCGCCAUGGUGUCCGUGGGCGCGUGGAGGCGCCGCACGCCCGACGACUGCGAGGAGCGCUCGGAGCCGGGCGCGUCCAGCUCGGCCGUCCCGCGCGCGCCGCCCAACUGCGCGCGCUGCCGCAACCACCGGCUCAAGAUCGAGCUGAAGGGCCACAAGCGCUACUGCAAGUACCGCAACUGCACCUGCGAGAAGUGCCGGCUGACGGCGGACCGGCAGCGCGUGAUGGCGCUGCAAACGGCGCUGCGGCGCGCGCAGGCGCAGGACGAGGCGCGCGCGCGGGCGCUGGUGACGGGGCUGCAGCCGCCGGGCGUGGAGCUGGAGCAGCCCGAGCCGCCCGUGGUGAAGGCGCCGCGCAGCCCCGUGGUGCCGCCGCCGCGCUCGCUGGGCUCGGCCAGCUGCGACUCGGUGCCCGGCUCGCCCGGCGUGUCGCCGUACGCGCCGCCGCCGCCCUCCGCGCCGCUGCCGCCCGCGAUGCCGCCGCUCAUGCCGCCUCAGCAACCGGCGGUUUCCUUCGAAACCUUAGUGGAGAACUGUCAGAAGCUGCUAGACAAGUUCCAUUACUCCUGGGAGAUGAUGCCCUUGGUGCUCGUGAUCCUCAACUAUGCGGGCAGUGACCUGGACGAGGCCACGCGGAAAAUUGACGAAGGGAAGAUGAUAAUCAACGAAUACGCGAGGAAACACAAUCUGAACGUGUUCGACGGGCUAGAACUGAGGAACUCGACACGCCAGUACGGACUUUAAUAGAAAAUGCUGGAAAUUAAUAAUAUAAGUGGUGUACUAUCGUCGUCCAUGAAGUUAUUUUGCGAAUGAUACUUUGUUUUACAAGUGCCGUGUUUUGUGUGGACGCUUGCUGUGCGAUGCUGUGUUGCGAACGACUACGGAC